CUGUAUUUGUCCCGCAUAUCAGCGACCAAGGAGUUUGCAUACAUGAAGGCUCUAUAUGACCGUGGCUUCCCAGUACCCAAACCCAUAGAUUUCAACAGACACUGUGUUGUUAUGCAGCUAGUUGGAGGGGGACCCUUAACCCAUGUAUCAGCAGUUGAUGAUGUUGAAGCACUUUAUGACGAGCUAAUGAACCUUAUAGUGCGACUGGGCAACUGUGGUGUCAUUCACGGUGACUUCAAUGAGUUCAACAUCAUGAUAGAUGAGGAAGGACACCCCAUCAUCAUAGACUUCCCUCAGAUGAUCUCCACCAUGCACCCCAACGCUGAACUAUACUUUGACCGAGAUGUUCAAUGUGUCAGAGCGUUCUUUAAGAAGAGGUUUGGGUAUGAGUCCAGUCUGUACCCCAAAUUCUCUGAACUGGAGCGAGAUGAGGACUUGGAUCGAGAGGUGGCUUGUUCAGGGUACAGGAAGGAACAUGAUCAUCAGUUACUGCAGGUCAGUAUAGGGAGAAAAUAUAUGAGACAUAAUGACUUUCUGGACGAUUUUAAUUUCAGUUAG